ACUCAGGAUGUGGAAAGCCUAUUCAGUUGGUAAAGGAAAGUUACUAACCUGGGAUCAUCUAAGUGCCCCAGAAAAUUCUGUAGAACUAAAGACAGUGGCUGGAUGGAUUGGCGGAGGAAUUUCAGAAAUGGAAGAAGAAACUCCUGAGGACACUAGUGAGGAGAAUCCAUCUAGAUCAUCUGUUCUGGAAUGUCCGGAGGGAAGUUGCUCCAAGACAUUCUCUACACAAAAGGCUCUUGAAAAUCAUGUAAACAUGGGCAACUGUAGUUUCAGAAGCGAUGCCAAAAUGAACGUUUCAGAGAAGGCAAAGAGGAUGUAUGCAGAUAAGAUUUUGUCUUUCCAGCCACAAAGAUCUGUGGUUUUAGAGUCCCACAGCAAUACUGAUGUAUGUAGAUGUUCAGAAUUAGACAUGGGAUGGGCCAUUAAAGAAAACAGACAAAGAGUAACUUUCACUUCUGGGCAGAAAGCUUUCAUGACAGAGAAGUUCGAUAUUGGGAAGAGGACUGGCAAUAAAGUAGAUCCGUAUAUUGCAGCGGAGGAGAUGAGGAAUUGUGGACUGUUUAGUAGGUCAGAAUUCCUUUCUGGUCAGCAGAUAUCUUCUUUCUUCUCCCGUCUUUGUCAAAAGGAGAAGAGGAUGACUGCUGCAGAUUUCUGUGCCUCAGAGGAAGAAGACCGAAAAGAUCAGACAAGGAAUCUCCUAUUAGAUCAAAAUAAUUAGGCGUAGGGGUGAGGGGUGGGGGAGAUCGAUUAUAUCUGUUGAUUAGCUUUUAAAUUUGAUAUGUAAUACAACAUUGUACUAGUUUUUCAACAUAUG